AUGAGCCUCAGAGGCAGCACCACCCCCUCCUGUACCAGGGCCAUCCCACUUCCUGUCCUGCAGGUGUUGCUGCCGAUGUCACUGCUCCUGACCACGCUGGUUCCCUCCACCACUGGAGAACUUAAAAGUAUGGAUAAAAUGCUGUACGUUGAACUUCGCUGCUCAUGUGUGAAGACCACCUCUGGCAUUCAUCCCAGUAACAUCCAGAGUUUGCAAGUGACCAGGGCAGGACCCCACUGCACCAACGUCGAAGUAAUAGCAACGUUGAAGAAUGGGAAGAAAAUCUGCCUGGACCCAGAAGCUCCCAGAAUCAAGAAAAUAGUCCAGAAAAUAUUGGAAGAUGGUGGGUCAGCUGCUUAA